AUGGCCCGUUCAACUGGUCUUCUCGCCCUGCUCGGCGCCUUUGCCUCGGCGGCACUGGCAGAGACAACAACAACCUCAGCAUCCAACGUCUUCAACCUCUUCGUCAUCGACCCAACCGGACCGGUCGCCACGCCCGUCGUCCAAGCCUCCGUCAUCAGCGUCGACCCAGACCUGCUCCAGACGGCGUACUGGAUCACCUGCGAGAUACGCGGGGGCGAGUUCCAAGGCCGGCCCCUGCCCGCGCCAUGCAACUACGUCGGCGGCGCGAGCGUGACCAUCAACCCAACGGCCAUGACGCUGAACGUGCGGCGCGGGUCGCAGGUCGUGUCGGUCGACCCAGCGACCGGCGCGUCGGACGGGGCCACCACGCGGGAGACCAUAAUUACCGUCACCGCAACCGCCACCUGCGACAUCCACGGCAGCACCUCAGCCUCCUGCACAGGGCACAUGACGAGCCGCUCGGCAGUAUCAACCCACCACGCAGGCCAGGCGGACGGCACCGACGGCACCGCCACCCCCACCACCAUCGACAACAGCGGGCCAAGAAGCACCGCCUGGGACGGGACCAGCACCGAGACCAUCUCGACGCGGUUCGCCGACGUGGCCGCGCACCGCAUCCCCGUGACGGUCACGGCGGGGCUGGAGAAGCUGGAGGCGGCUGCGUCGUCUACGGGUGCGACGGUGGCGGGGACGAGUUCUUCGACGGGGGCCGCGGCGGCGAGGGCUACUCCCGGCGGUGGUAGUGGCCUUACCCCUGAGUCCAAAAACGAGGGGCGGGCUUCCGUUAGGGAACCUGUCGGAUGGUAUGCCCGUAACUGCUUCGGUCACGAUGCCCAAAUACACCAGAAGGAUUCAUAA